AUGGAUAUCGUCUUCCACCCCGGUGUAAACGGGUCAAGCCCUUAUGUCGACUUCUACCCAUACACGCCAUCAGCAACAGCUGGAUACGCCUUCGUCGCCAUAUUCGGCAUCUCGACAAUUGUGCACAUAAUCUUGACUAUCCCCUUUCGCGCUGCAUACUUUAUUCCCCUCGUAAUAGGCGGUAUUUGUGAAGCAUUCGGCUACUACGGACGAGCAUGGUCGCACCAGUCCAGAAGAGAUAUCGGGGCAUGGGCACUACAAGAAAUGCUCAUUCUCUGCGCUCCACCCCUCAUAUCUGCAACAGUCUAUAUGGUCCUCGGUCGUAUAAUUCGAUCUUUUGAUGCAGAACAUCUAUCCAGCAUCCGACCAAAACGCCUUACUCUCAUCUUCGUCUUGAACGAUGUCCUCUGUUUUUUGACACAGAUUGGUGGAGCAGGUGUACAAGUAACAGGCUCAGCGGAAAUUAUGAAUAUAGGCAAGAAAGUCGUAUUAGCGGGUCUAAUCUUCUCGCUUGUCGUCUUUGGUUUGUUUAUCUUGGUUGCUGCGAAGUUCCAUCGCAGACUGUUGACUUAUCCGCCUCCAAUGUUGACGAAUAACUCCGACCUUCACUGGGCGAGGUAUAUGUGGGCAAUUUAUGUUGCUUGUGUUGCUAUUAUGAUUCGGAAUCUGGUUCGGACUAUUCAGUUUGCGGCUAGUUCGACGGCUCCCGUUAACACCAGUGAGGUGUAUAUCUAUGUGUUCGAUGCGUUUAUGAUGUUUGUUUCGCUCUUUGUUUUGGCUGUCUAUCAUCCUGGUCAGCUGAUUAAAAAGGCGAGGAGGCUUGGGAAGACGGAUUUUGAAAGGCUGAAUACGCCGGAUAUGAUGGCGGAAAAUGUGCCAUUGACUGAGUAUGAGCCUGCUUCAAUGAAGAGGUAA